CAUUCACCUCUUCUCUAUUGUUCUUAUAUCACAUGCACUCCCAUCAUCUCUUUUUUUCCUCCCAGUUUAGAGGGAUCUUUCCAAGUCAUCUUAAAGACUAAGUUCACUGAGAAACCAUUUUUGACUGAUACUUGACUUAAUAUUAUUUUGAAAUUCUGAGUGCAGGCUGAAGGUAAUAACAGCCUUCUACCCCCAUGUCCUGCAAUGUCCUCCGAUUGAAAAUAGAUGGGGGAACUCUGAUUAGGAAAGCCAGUCAGAUAUAAAUCACACAGAAAAUUAGCAUUCAUGGACUCACCCAUCUUGGCUCAUGAUAAGGAAGGCUGAUAGGGAUGGGUACCUUUGACAUUUGAAUCGAUUCGGUACUAAUUCCCGGUACCUACGAAUCGAUACCGGUACUUAACGGUACCAAUUUUCGAUACUUUUGAAUGUUUAUUAUUUUAAUUCUUUUUUUAUUAUUAAAUAUAUAUUUUUCUCACUAUAUAACAAUAUUUGAUAAAUAUCACAAUAAAUAUUAUUCAACUGUUUGUAUUUUAACAUUGUCCUUGUAGUUUUAUAAGCUGAUAAUUAAACUGAAGCAAACAUCUUUACUGUGAACUAAAUUUAAUGUGUAUCUUCAUUCUUUUUGCAGUCUUUUUUUCAUUUGAUUUUUCCUACUGGGAAGUUAGAAUUUCCGAGGAGAAAGCGAACGCACCAUUAGCUGAUAACAAUGGUAGCAAUGGAAGCUAACAUACCAAGCUAACGUUAUCUUAAACAGUUUUUUAGCUGCUGGAGCAGAUUAAAACGAUGAUGCCUCACACUUAGAUCGUUGUCACUGGUUUCAUCUUCACCCAAUCAUCUGUCGCAUUUAGUAAAGUGAAGCCAAACUUUAGAGCGCGUUCAUGUUCUUCUAGUCGGGAAUUCAGAGUUCUGAGGAGAAAGCGAACGCACCAUUAGAGAAACGGAAGCUAACAUAUCAAGCUAACGUUAUCUUAAACAGUUUAUUUAGCUGCUGGAGCAGAUUAAGAUGAUGAUGCCUCACACUUAGAUCGUUGUCGCUGGUUUCAUCUUCACCCAAUCACCCGUCACAUUUAGUAAAGUGAAGCCAAACUUCAGAGCGCGUUCAUGUUCUUCUAGUCGGGAAUUCGGAGUUCCGAGGAGAAAGCGAACGCACCAUUAGAGAAACGGAAGCUAACAUAACAAGCUAACGUUAUCUUAAACUGUUUAUUUAACUGCUGGAGCAGAUUAAAAUGAUGAUGCCUCACACUUAGAUUGUUGUCGCUGGUUUCAUCUUCACCCAAUCACCCGUCACAUUUAGUAAAGUGAAGCCAAACUUCAGAGCGCGUUCAUGUUCUUCUAGUCCGGAAUUCGGAGUUCCGAGGAGAAAGCGAAAGCACCAUUAGCGAAACGGAAGCUAACAUAUCAAGCUAAUUAUAUUUACCUACCGGAGCAGAUUAAGAUGAGGAUGUCUCACUUAGAUCGUUGUCGCAGGUUUCAUCAUCACCCAGUUACCCAUCACAUUUAGUGAAGUGGACCCAAGCUUUAGCGUGCGUUCUUUCUACCAUGCUGCUCUGUUUACAACUGGCUCGCAGCGAGCGACAACAAAACGCUCUUGCGCAUGCACAGCUGUCUAGGCAAGUUCUCGUUAUGAAGGACGGGUACCGAAACGAGGCACCGUUUGAAAUGAAGUGAAUCGGUGCUCGGUCGGUACUAUAGAAUUCGGUCGGUACCUUAAAAAGAACCGAAUUCGGUACCCAUCCCUAAGAUGGUUUAGCAUGCAGGAAACAGCAGAGUGUUCAUCUAGUAGAAGCUAAUUGUUAGCAUUAGCAACUCCAAAACACGGCAGAACUCCUGCUUUCUUAUCCACAGUUUAGAGUUCAGACAACUUAAAACCCUUUAAAAUAAGAGAUGCACAUUAAAUUAAGUCUACAGCUGUUGAAUGUUUUAUUAUUCAGGUAUUUGAUUAAAUAAUCUGUAGAAUAGUCAAUGAACCUAAUAUAUUUACUCUGCAAAAGUUCUAGGCAGGUGUGAAUACUUGCAGAACUAUCAGUAACGAUUGUGAAUGUUCAUCAAUUUAAAAAAAUGUCAAGUGAGUGAGUCAGAACAUCCAGCCAAAGUCAUGAAAAAUACUCUUCAGCAUGAAGACCAACAAAAAAUCGUGGAAGUGAUGGUUUAGCUUCCACAGAGCCCUGAUCUCAAGCAUCUGGGAUUACAGGAAGAGCCUGAAGGAUGUGAGGAAGCCUAAAUCCACAGAAGAUCUGUGGUUAGUUUCCCAGAUGUUUGGAACAACCUACAGUACCAGCCCAGUUCCCUCGACAACGGUGUUUGCGUGAAGCUAGAAGAAAUGAUGCUAUUUUGGAGGUCUUGUCUAACGUGCCCUCACUGCCAUAAACAGAGCAACACCUUUGACCCGUUUUCUUGCAUCUCUUUGCCCAUUCCCCUACGGCAAACCAGGGCGGUGUGUGUGACGUUGGUGUUUUGCUCUAAGGGUCAGAAGUAUCUACGGGUGGGGCUCGCUGUCCCUUUGUUUGGGUCUGUAUCCAGUCUGAGAUCAAUGGUAGCAGCGGAGGGUAACAUCUCCCCUAAUCAGGUCAUCCUAUCUGAGCUGUACUCCACUGGCUUCCAGCGUUCAUUCUGGGAUGACGACGACUUGACUGCCAUUGCCGACAGCGAUGUCGUCUACGCCUUUCAGGCUCCUCCCCUCUCUGGUCGUGGGGGCUCCUUGUCUCACUCAGGAUAUCACCACAGCCUCCCGUCUUCUCCCUACUCCUCCAUGACUGGACCAGAUGGUCAGAGGUUACCUCCAUCAGGACACCUGUCCACCGAGUACCUGAACCAGAACGGCUCCUCCAAGAUUCUCCUCCUCAUGUGCAACACGGCCGGGUCGGGCCAGCAGGCAGUCAGAUUUGGGCCUCCUUUCCUCAUGCUUGAGGACAGGACCAUCUCCUGGGACCAUCUGCAGCAGAGCGUCCUCAGCCAGCUUCGUUUCCUAAUGCAGAAUGGAUCCGAGACUCAGAAUGCUGAAGUGUUCAAGAUCAGAGUGGUGGGAGGCUCUGCAGCCUACAGCUACCUGUCCUCUCAGGACAGCAGGCCAUUGUACCACCCUGCAGUUGACAGGGCUUUAAAGUUCUGUGGCCCAGGAGGCCCUCCCCAUGUGAAGGUGGUUAUUGAGUGGGAACACGGCAUCAAAGAAUGUUUGUUUGGCAGCAUCCAGGAGGAGGUGGUGAAAGAUGCUGAGAGUGUUCGGAACCAGCAGCAGCAACACCUUCAGCAGCAUAGCUGCACCCUGGACGAGUGCUUCCAGCUCUAUACCAAAGAAGAACAGCUCGCUCCAGAUGAUGCCUGGAAGUGUCCUCACUGUAAGCAGCUUCAGCAGGGCAUGGUGAAGAUGAGUCUGUGGACGCUCCCCGACAUCCUCAUCCUCCACCUGAAGCGCUUCAGACAGGUUGGUGAGCGCCGAAACAAGCUGUCGACCUUGGUGCGAUUCCCUCUGACUGCUUUGGACAUGGCUCCUCAUGUGGUGAAGAGGAGUCAGAGUAUGAAGAACCUGCACCAGGGGUCCUCUCUCCUAUCCAGAAAGCAGCCUUCAGGCCCCAACCAUCAGCCAGCAGCCCUAAUCCUCCCCCAUGAUUACCUGUAUGACCUGUAUGCUGUGUGUAACCACCAUGGAGGAAUGCACGGAGGACAUUAUACUGCUUAUUGCAGGAAUUCUGUGGACGGCCAGUGGUACAGCUACGAUGACAGCAGCGUAGACCUGGUGCCUGAGGAGGAAGUGUGCACUAAAGGAGCGUACAUCCUGUUCUACCAGAGACGCAACACCAUUCCUCCAUGGUCUGCCAGAAGCUCUGUUAGAGGCUCCACCAGCUCAUCAGCAUCAGAUCACUGGCUAAUCAGGCUGACGGAGGACAGCAACAGAGGCAGUCUGGUGUCCCGCUGCUCCAACGCCUGCCCGUCUUCCUCACCCAACUCCCCGGAGUCCCAAGUCUUCCAGGACAACGGCUUAAAGGAGGAAAAAGGUGGUUUUGAGAGUAAACCGUUCAUCAGGGGGCUUAAGGGACACAGUGUGAGCAUGAGAGUCCCCAGCAAGAAGAAAGACAGCCUGAGCAAAGUGCUUCCUCUGCGCUGGUCCCUGGGCUCCAAGGACAGACGAAAACCCGACACUGUGUCUCCUCCAGCUGAGGACGCGGCCCCUGUGGAGCUGGUGCAGUACCUGGAGUCUGGCCGGCGGCCCCGCUGCACCAAAGAUUCAAUAAUAACGCUGAUGAACGAAUCACAAAGAAACACAAAGAAAACUCCAGAGCCUCGUGCUUUCCGAUCAUCCGUUGGUGGGGGUAUGAGCUGUGUGGGCAAGAUGGAGGACGACCCACCUUUACCACAAGUCCCAGAAGGCCAGAGGCACCCCUCAGAUAAGACAGGGAGUCUGAGACGACGAAAGGAAAGUCAGCCGAGAGAGGAGACCGUGAACAUCGGUAGCAGCUGCAGCAGCAACACCCUCACCAGGAGGAAGGAUGGACAGAGACACAGCUCCUCCAAAGCCUCACAAGAUACAGAGACGAGACGAAGUUCCAGUGCUGGAGUACACCCUAGCCACAGCCCCGCCAGCCUUCAGGACGGGACGCUGAGACGACAAAAGGGGGACAGGAUUCAUAAGGAUCAGCACACAGCAAGAGAGGAAAAGCCUAAGAAGGAAGACGCCUCCAAGAGCCACGACGGUUUGUUCGCCUUCCUCAAAGGUAACUUUCUCAAGAAGGAGAAGGAGCUUGUCAAGUCCAAAGACGGAGAGUCGGGUAAAGGAGGAGGUGAGGAGGAAGGCAGACAGACUUUAUCAAGAGUAUCACUCUCUAAUGGGGCAGCAGGAGGCAGAUCAGGAGCUGAAGGUGGCAAAUCUAACGGUUCCGGUUAUCCGGCUAAUGAGCUGGCUAACGGGAAGUUGGGAUGCUCCGACAUCAAGCGCUCACAGAGCUCCUCCAACAUACCCACCAAAGCCGAGCCCAGCAUGCGCAGGACAGCAUCCUUACAUCGGAACGGGAUGACCACCGCUCCGUCCCGGAGCCUGGCUACAGACAGACCAUCCCACGGUCCGCUACAGAGGACUCGCCACAGCACGACCUCACUGGGCCGCAAAAAGCCCGUCCCCGAGUCCAGCUUCUGACCAGAACAACUUCCUGCCUCGUACAUCAGCGCAACAGGGCCCCCCCGUAACUGAAGGCAUUUGCACAUCCGAGAUGAGAGAGAGAACAAAUGAAGGUCCAACCAGAUGAGAUGAGAGGAGCUCCAUCCCAGUUCUGGUUUUAAUCACCUUAAAAGUGCCUGAGCAACAAAAAUGCAGCUUCGUCCGUUUGGCUCUGAAAGCCACGGAGACGGCGUAGCGCCGGAGGACGUCCCUCCACCCAACGGCUGCGUCUCACAAUCCAGACCCACUGAUUGUCUUCACUCCCGCGAAUGUAUCUGGUCCACCGGGUCAGUAGCUUUGAGGCGACAGUUUCUGAUUCCUUUUAUCUAAUAAAUUAUUUAUUUGAAGGUGUUUGUUCAUCACUUAAACCAAUGAAAAGUGCAUUUAUCUACUGUGAAUAAUAAGGAUAGUGCAGUAUGGACUUUUUAAACCUCCCUCACCGUUGAAAUGAUGUCAUGACCUCUUAUUGCCACGUCUUUGUUGAUCAUUGAUUUGAAGUGUUGUGACUAGUUUUGACUCUGUCAUUACGUUUUGCAGCACAAACGGCAAAGAGGGAAGAGGUCGUCUCUGCUGAAAAUGCAGAAUGUCGCCAUAUUGAUUAUUUUUUUACUCUGGCGUGUGUGAGGGGAAGAUCUGCCUCUCUGUGCCUUAUUUCUACUGAUUUCCCCCCCAGAAGAUGUCGGCUGGAGGAAUUAGCUAAAUUAUUUGUGAUUAUGUGGAUUUUGUUCUAUUUUUGCACACUUUUAUCAGCCUACCGCUAAAACCAAUCUCUGAAGAAACCCAAAAAAAAAGACAA